UCAUAGUUCAGCAUUAUAUAAGUUUUCAAUACAAGAUUGAACCAGAAAUUAAUUAGGGUUAUUAGUAGGGAAAAAGAAAAGUGAAAGAAGAAAAGAUAAUUAUAGGGAAAUGUAUACAUUUUAGAGGAAUACUCUUGAAGGAAAAAAUUGAGCCAACAGGACCGAGUUUGUAAAGGUCAAGUCUAUAGACGUUUGUAGUAUUCAUGGAUAACAUGGCAUGUAAUAAAGCGCAACCUGUUGUGAGAAAAGCAAAGAAGAAGCAGGUAAAGGAUGAAAUGGAUCGCAUCAAACAGGCUGAGAAGAAAAAGAGGCGCCUAGAGAAAGCUCUUGCUACAUCUGCAGCCAUUCGAUCAGAACUGGAAAAGAAGAAACAAAAAAAGAAAGAAGAACAACAGAGGCUUGAUGAAGAGGGUGCUGCAAUUGCUGAGGCUGUUGCUCUCCGUGUCCUUUGUGAUGAUUCUGAUGAUUCAUGUAAAGUUGUGCUGAACAAAGAAGAGGGUUUCAGUUCUUGGGAUUGCACUAGCAAUGUUGACAUUUUCAUGGGUGGAGGGAGAGCAUCUCUUCCUCAUCAGGACCGAGCAAGGUGUACACUUGAAGGCAUUGGGUGGCUCUCUAACACGUGUGGUUCUGGCUGCAAGUGGGAUGACUUUGGAAAUGGUGACUGGUCAUUUACGUAUGGGCCUAUUGAAAGAAAUCUAACUAUGCCGUAUCUUGAGGACGAAGGUUGGGCAGCUUCAGAAUUCUCUGCUGGUCUUAUUGCAGCACAAGCUGUUUCAUCACUACAAAUUGCAGAGGAUGCACAAGUAGACGCCAUUGUUUUUAAUGGGAUGCUCAAGAGGGACAAGCCGUGGUUUAAAGUCUAAAAUAAUGGUUUUGUAUAUAUUUAGUACAAAUGAGCCCUCUACUUAAAUUCUAAUGUUGCUUGCUUCUUCA